UUCCAUUCAGUUCAGUGUUAGCCGUGCUUCGGAACGGCAAAAUUUGAUUGAGAAGAUAUCUACAAGAGACAGCAGUGGUACACAGUUAUAUCGGGAUAAGGAAUUCCAUAUAACACAUUGGGAUUAACAGUGCAAAAGGAUAAUUGUGCAAAGUGAAAACAGAAAAUGUCGGCUGCCACAGAGACAGUGCAAGAGGCCAUUACACAGGCAUCGGCCAGCGGUGGCUUGGGUGCCUUGUGGACCUCAUUGAUUGGUGUGGUGGUGAUUGCAGCCUUGUACGAGUACUGGCGUCGCAGCUCGCGUGAAUAUCGCAUGACCAAGAAUAUACCCAGUCCGCCAGAGGUACCCGUUUUGGGUAAUGCACAUUUGGUGUUCGGCUGUUCGAAUGCAGAGGUUGUGGCCAAGGGUAAUGCCUACUUGGAACAGUUAGGUGAAACAUUGCGUGCUACGUUGGGUCAUGUGCUCGUGAUAUUCCUCACCAACCCCAAUGAUAUUGAGAUCAUUUUGAGCAGCAAUAAUCAUUUGGAUAAAUCGGAAGAGUACCGUUACUUUAAACCAUGGUUCGGCGAUGGUUUGCUCAUUAGCAGCGGCAAUCACUGGCGUCACCAUCGCAAAAUGAUUGCACCGACAUUCCAUCAGAGCAUUUUGAAGAGUUUCGUACCAACUUUUGUGCAACACUCCAAGAAUGUUGUGGAACGUAUGGCUAAGGAGGUGGGUAAAGAAUUCGACAUACACGAUUAUAUGUCACAAACCACUGUGGAGAUCUUGCUCAGCACCGCUAUGGGUGUGAAGAAGGUACCGGAAGGUAAUAAGAGUUUCGAGUAUGCCAAGGCCGUCGUAGAUAUGUGCGAUAUCAUACACAAGCGACAAGUGAAAGUGUUGUAUCGUUUGGAUUCCAUCUACAACAUGACGAAAAUGCGUCAAAAGGGCGAUAAGAUGAUGAACAUUAUCUUGGGCAUGACCAAACGUGUUGUUAUGGAUCGCAAGGCAAACUACAAUGCGGAGGGUAAUGCCAUUGUUGAAGAGAUCGAUGAGUCAGCAAAGAAAGCAGCUGCUAAGAAGGUCGAUGGACUGCGUGACGAUUUGGAUGAUAUCGAUGAGAAUGAUGUGGGCGCUAAACGUCGGCUGGCGCUAUUGGACGCAAUGGUAGAGAUGGCUAAGAACCCUGAGAUCGAGUGGAACGAGAAAGAUAUUAUGGAUGAGGUGAACACGAUUAUGUUUGAGGGUCACGAUACUACUUCUGCGGGUUCCAGUUUCGCGCUCUGCAUGAUGGGCAUGCAUAAGGAUGUGCAAGAGAAAGUCUUAGCCGAACAGAAGGCUAUCUUUGGUGAUAAUUUCUUGCGUGACUGCACCUUCAACGAUACCAUGGAGAUGAAAUAUUUGGAACGUGUCAUUAUGGAGACACUACGCAUGUACCCACCAGUACCGUUGAUUGCGCGUCGCGUCGACAGCGAUGUGAAAUUGGCAUCUGGUCCGUAUGUUGUGCCAAAGGGCACCACUGUGGUGGUACUGCAAUAUCGCGUACACCGACGCCCCGAUAUUUAUGCCAAUCCUGAUAAGUUCGAUCCCGACAACUUCUUGCCCGAACGCAUGGCCAAACGUCACUACUACAGUUUCAUUCCGUUCAGCGCCGGUCCACGUAGUUGUGUUGGUCGUAAAUAUGCCAUGUUGAAGCUGAAGGUGUUGCUCUCCACCAUCAUUCGUAAUUACACGAUACACUGCAAUGAGACCGAGGCCGAUUGGAAGUUGCAGGCCGAUAUCAUUUUGAAACUGGAAAAUGGUUUCAAUGUGGUGCUGCAGAAACGUCAACCGGUUGUGGCGUAAAUGGGUGAUGAAGAAUUCUAAUUUCUUUACUUCUUCUUAAUUUUUGAUCUAAUACCUAUGACGAAUUAAAUUAUAAUUAGUUUUGUAAGAGAGCACAUGUUUUUGCGAUUAUUUUAAGUAGUCCACCUCCCGAGAGAAAUAUAUUUUCAGAUAAGCCAAAUUUUUUGAGAACCGAGGCGGCGUAAAGGUCGUGAGGAACCGUUAGGAAAUGAAGCCAAUUGUGAUCAAUGAAAUUAAACGAUUUUUUUUUAUGUGGAGAAGGCUUAUCAAAUUUGCACUUAAUAUUUUUAAUCCAAACAAAUUCACAAAUUAACUAACUAACCCUAGUGUUAAGUGUGGAGAGUCAAAACUAACCAAAAACAAUUAGUAUAAUAAAAAGCAAGCGCAGUAGAAAGCUGAAAAAAUGGAAA